AUGGAAGCAAGCUUCGUGUCUUCACGCUUUCUCCGGGAAGUAUCGGAAUUCUCCAAGGCUGCUACGGAACUGGCCAAAUGCGCUUCGAAUGUCUCCCGGACUGCCGCAGAGCUUUCCGAGAUGGCUCCAAAACUGUCGAAAGCCAUCUCUGUACACUAUGAGCCUAUCAUGGAAGAACACAAGACCCUCUGCAGCAUCAGCAAGGAUUUCACCGUAUUAUCCGAGCUCGUGUUGGGGAUCCAAAGGCCCCCUUCAAAGCUGGAACUGGCUCCACAAGCUACACAGGAUUUCCACCUCUUCCCACUUCUGCCUGUUGAGGUGCAAACCAUGAUCUGGGAGGCCGCAGCCUGGCCUCCGCCCUGCGCGUCCUAUUUCGAAACACUGGAAUAUUUGCAUUAUAGCCACAACCUUUUCAAUGGCUAUCAAGGCGAUGAUGGGCUCAGGUCAGCCUGCAAAUUGUCUCACGAGGCAAUAACACGCGUUUAUGAUUAA